AUGGGUUACCAACAGAUUACGAGAUUUUCUGAGUUGGUUAACAAGAGUAGAAUUUAUGAUAAGGAUAGCCAUGAGAGUGCUGCUCAUUACAAGUCCUUACAUGAUAAGAAAGGAAAAGGGCAAUUCCAAGGGAAGUCGUAUGAUGGUAAGAAGAAAGAUGGUGAUGGCAAGAAGUCGAGUGGGGGAGGAUCUCACACUCCUGUCAAGUGCUUCAGAUGUGAUGUUGAGGGACAUCAUGCUCCCGAGUGUCCUAAGGGCGAUGUGAAUUGUUUCAAGUGUGGCAAGCAAGGUCACAAAUCUUUUGAUUGCAGAGUUGGUUCGAAUGUGACUUGCUACAAAUGUGGUAACGAAAAGCCCGCUACACGUGGAAGCAUGGUUAUUGAUACUCCGGCUAUGGGUUUAGUGACUACUUCAUCUGUUUGUUUGAAAUGUCCGUUGAAUAUUUGUGAUAAAUAUUUUGAAGUUGAUUUAGUGUGUCUUCCAUUGACUCAACUUGAGGUUAUUUUGGGAAUGGACUGGUUGAGGGCCAACCAUGUCUAUAUCAAUUGUUUUGCGAAAGUUGUUCUUUUUCUUGAGCCAGAGAAUGAAGGUGAUUUAUUCUUGUCUACUCAACAAGUGAAUGAAUAUGUGCGAGAUGGUGCUGAAGUGUUUAUGUUGGUGGCAAGUUUAAAGCUUAGUGAAAAUGGAACAAUGGGUGAAUUUCCAGUUGUUCGUGAUUUUCCUGAAGUGUUUCCUGAUGAGGUUAACAAUUUACCGCCUGAACAUUGA